GCCAUGUCUCUGAGCCCCAAGCACACGACGCCCUUCUCGGUCACCGACAUCCUCAGCCCGAUGGAGGAGAGCUACAAGAAGUUCGCCGGCAUGGACGGGGCUGGAGGGCUGGGCGCGCCCCUCGGGCCGUAUCGCCAGGCGCCCGUGCCCCCCACUGCCGGCGCCGUACCCCAGCACGUCCCCGCGGGCGCGGCCACCUACCACAUGCCCCACGGCGUCUCGCAGUUUCCGCACGGCGCCGUCGGGAGCUACUGCAACGGCGGGCUGGGCAACGUGGGCGAGCUGCCCUCGUACCCCGAGGGCAUGCGGGGCGGCGCGGCAGCGGGCGGCGGCUGGUACGGGCCCGGCGGCGACCCCCGCUACUCCAGCAUCUCCAGGUUCAUGGGCCCGUCGGCGGGGAUGAACGUGGCCGGCAUGGGCAGCCUGAGCGGCAUCGCCGAGGGCGCCAAGGCCAUCGUGCCGCUGCACGCGGCGCCGCGCAGGAAGAGGAGGGUGCUUUUCUCCCAAGCACAGGUCUACGAGCUGGAGCGGCGCUUCAAGCAGCAGAAGUACCUGUCGGCGCCGGAGCGGGAGCACCUGGCCAGCCUGAUCCACCUGACCCCCACGCAGGUGAAGAUUUGGUUCCAAAACCACCGCUACAAGAUGAAGCGCCAGGCCAAGGACAAGGCGGCCGCCCAGCAGUUGCACGCCGACGGCGGCGGCCUGUGCCAGCAGUCCUCGCCGCGACGCGUGGCCGUGCCGGUGCUGGUGAAGGACGGCAAACCCUGCCCGCCCCCGGGCAGCGGCACCCCAGGCCCAGGGCAGGCCGCCCCCGCGGCCCCCGCCGCCACCACCGCGCCCGCCGCGCACCCGCACCCCGGCUCGCUGGGGCAGGCGGCCGACCUGGAGGAGCUGUCGCCCAGCCCACCGGCGCUGCAUGGCCCCGUGGCCCCCCUGGCCCCCCUGGACUCGGCAGGCGUCGACUACAACGGCGGCAUGGUCAGCCCCAACCUGCUCUACGGCAGGACGUGGUAAUCGGUGCGUCCCGCGUGUCUCCCCGACAACCCCGCUCCGCCGGCACCGGACGCUCCGCCCGACCCGGCGGGGAUCGCCGACGGCCGCCCCAUCCCCGGUCCCCUCCCGGCCUCCCUUCGAGUUUUUUUUAAGUCUCCCCGGUUUUUGGAGAAGCGACCCCGACGGCAGCUCCGAGUGCUCGCGUGAGUG